AUGGGUGCAAAUUGCUGCAGGCAAUAUAAUGACAAACCAUAUGAGUUAACAAAUCUCAAUUAAUUUAAUACAUCAAAUAUCUCGUAAAAGAAAAGUAGCACAACAGCAAAUAUAUUAAACAAAGAAAAAUGUCAAUAGCAAGAUGAAAAUUUUAAAGAAGAAGCAUCUGUUACAUAUAUCCAUGAACCGCACAAACUGGAAGGAGAAAAUCAAGAAAUAAAGGAAGUUAAUGGAGAUGUUGAUGCAGUUGAAUCAAUACAACAGUCUCAUCAAUUCUUAUAAGAUUGCAUUCCAAACAAUAAUGAAUCAUCAUCAGAAUCGGCUGAAUCCCUUCACUGUGAUGAUACCAACACAAAAAAAACUAUACUCAAACAUGAACUAAGAUAUUGUCAAAAAUAAGGUUCAGCCUAAAACAAAGAAGUAAUUAAAAAAAAGGUGAGAUUCGAUCUUAAAUCAAAUGUUAAAUGA